CAUAUAAUUAAUUUGGACCAACUCCAUUUGUUCAUCACCUUCCUCCAUUUUCUUCCUCUCUCUCACAUACACACACACACACAAACAUCUCUCAUUAAUCCAUAUGAGCUAUUGUACAUAUAUAGGCACAAACACAACGGUAAAUAUCAAGAAAGCUUAAGAAGAUCACAUCCACUUCUUUCUGGAAAUUAUUCAAUCAUGGAAGAUCACGAAGAACACGAAUACUCACCAGAAAACAGCCAAGAUUCGCCAUCUUCUGGCGUGUUUAACGACACGAAGACAACUUCCACUUUGUCCUCUAAAAGAAGUAAACGUUCGUUGCAAAAACGAGUUGUGUCUGUGCCAAUUAAAGAAAUCGAAGGAUCGCGGCUUAAGAGUGAGAUAAAUGCUCCCCCUUCUGAUUCUUGGGCAUGGAGAAAAUAUGGUCAGAAACCCAUCAAAGGCUCACCUUACCCUCGGGGCUAUUAUAGAUGUAGUAGUUCGAAAGGUUGUCCAGCAAGAAAACAAGUAGAGAGAAACCGAGCGGACCCUACAAUGGUAAUUGUGACGUAUUCAUGUGACCACAACCAUUCUUGGCCGGCAUCAAGAAAUAACAACAAUAAUAACAAUCACAAUCACCACAACUCUGCCAUAUCACCACCACCGGCCUCUACUCCCACUAGCACGGAAGAAGAAGUUUCCAACAUCGAUGAUCAAGAGGAAGAUCUUCCCUGUUUAAAAAAAGAGGAAGAGCUUCCAACAUUAAACAAGCAAUCUAUAGUUGAACCCGAGUUCACGAACCUCGAGGUGGGCCCAGGGGGUCAUUUUAUAACCAACACUGAUCAAUAUGGAUGGUUUUCUGAUCUUGAUCAAUCAUCAACCAUGCUAGAAAGUCCAUUGCUGGCUGGGGACAUAGUCGGGGAUGCUGACAUGGCGAUGAUCUUUUCGAUCAGAGAAGAAGACGAGUCUUUAUUCGCUGAUCUAGGCGAGUUACCCGAAUGCACGACGGUUUUCCGACGAAGAGAAAUAAUAAACGAGGACCGAAGGACGCGCAAUUUGGCCCCGUGGUGCGGGACGAAAGGGUGAUAGGCAUUUUAGUCACAAAUUUGUCAUUUCUUUUAUAAAUUUGCGUACAGUGCGCCUAAAGAUGCCUAGACAAACAAUUUUAUAACCUUGAAUAUUUUUUUCCAACUUUUGAUGUUUAGAUAUUUCUUGGUUUCAGUGUCAUAAGUCAUAACGAACAAAAGGUGGAGAAAAAAAUUGUUUCUAUUGGAUAGAAAUUUGUCUCCAUGUGGAUGUUAUUGAGCA